GUGGCGAAAGUCCUCUGGGACCAUCUCGAGGAUCCCAGCAAAGCUCUGCUCCUUUCUGGGACAACACCAGACCAAGAUGGCGGUGCUGCUGCUUCUCUCUGUCCUUGUGGGCCUCUCCGGAAUGGCUGAUGGCCAAGGGGUCCACCUGGGAUGGUGUCCUGAGCCCCCUGUCCAGGAGAACUUUGAUAUCAAUAAGUACUUGGGAAGGUGGUACGAGAUCGAGAAGAUCGCCGUCAGCUUUGAGAAGGGGAGCUGCAUCCAGGCCAAUUAUUCCUUGAAAGAAAACGGGAAGAUCAAAGUGCUCAAUCAGGAGAUCCGGCCUGACGGGAGUGUGAACCAGGUGGAGGGGGAGGCCACCCAGCUCAACCUCACCGAGCCCGCCAAGCUGGGAGUCAAGUUUUUCUGGUUGAUGCCCACUGCUCCCUACUGGGUCCUGGCCACAGACUACGAGAACUUUGCCCUCGUGUACUCCUGUACCACCUUCAUCUGGCUUUUCCACGUGGACUACGCCUGGGUGCUGGCGAGGCACCCCCACCUCCCCCACGCUGUGGUGAGCCAGCUGAAGGGCAUCCUCACGGCCAGCGGAAUCGACACUGAGAAGAUGAUACCCACCGACCAGAUGAACUGCCCCGAGUUCCUCUAGCGGGGAGCCUGGCGCCCACUGACAGCCCGCAGCCUGCCUCUUGCUUCGCUCCUUGUAAAGAAGACGGUGUCUGGGUGCCCCCUGGACGAGGAAGCUGCGAUCCAUGGGGGUGGGGGGAGGACCCUUGGGAGACACGCCAGCCCGGAAGCCUGGCUGCCCCCCUCCUGGCUAGUCGGGGCCUCCAGGGCGUCCCACCAGAGACUUGGCCAGCACAUUCCACGUGGCAAACCUCGGAUCAGCUCCAGACUCGGGCAAACCCGGGCCUCCUGGGUCUGCCCUCCUGGCCUCACUAAGGAGGGCACGAGCAGCCCAGGUGCUUAGCAAGGCUUCUCAAUAAAGCUCCAGGCCCAGCUUUAA